ACCAAAGUCUCUCUUUUAAAAAAUGAUCCUAAAAGCUUUGAUCCUCAAAGUUCCGUACCAAAUUCCUCUUCCCUUUCUAAUUUCGCGUUUGUUCUCUUCUGCCUGGCAUUCCAAUGGAAGAAGACGAAGGCGAACUGCUCCUAUGGAAGUCGGACUCAGCACCUCAAUCUAUGGCCUCCGUCACUAUUGGCAGAGUUAUGGUCACCUUACUCGCUGCUCGCCCAAAGAAGCUCCACGACGCUAUUUCCAGUCUUUCACCCGACCACCGCCACGGCGCUUCUUCACUAGAUUCUCUUGACCAAUCUCUCUGGUUUCUGCACCAGUAUGUCGGGGACGCUGUACAAAACCAUGCCUCUUUAGAUGAAAUCCUCGUCCCCAUAAUUGAACAUACUUUGAGGUUCAAGGAUAAGAACUGGAAGCGAGGGGGCCAAGUUAUGGUGCUUCUUAACUGGUUGUUCCUUGAUGAACUUAUUUUCCAAACGCUGAUAAAAAAUCUUGCGGAUAUUAUCGUGAGAAAGGAUGAUCGCUAUGUCGCCCUUGGCUGGUGUAUACUUGUCCGUAGCCUUGUGGAGUACGAGUCUGUCCCUUGCGAACUCCCAUUGAACGGGUUAAGGGAGAGAUUCAAUGAUAUGUUGAAGGUACUCUGUUCGUGCAUUCCACGUCUGACAUGUAUUUUAAGUAAAGGAAGUAUUAUACAGGAAGGGUUUGAGUUACCUUCUCGCCUUUCAGUUUGUGCUGCUGAUUGUGUUGUAUCUCUUACUAAUGCACUGACCACAAAGGCUGAGGUUCAAACUAGGCAGAAAAGAUUAAAUGCAAGUUCAUCAUAUCAGCAAGAUACUUUCUUUUCAAAUGUUGUUGAUGACCAGCGAGAGAAACCAAUCAGUAAUUCUUCAAAACACUCAGACUCGGACAUGGACUAUUUACUCUGGCAUCAGUUGAAGGAUCUCAUGAUUUUAGUACAGAAGCUUCUUGCAUGGAGCAGGAAAAGUCGGCCGUUGCAUGCAAAAGGUCUAGAGCAAGUGCUUAAGUGGUUGCAUGAGAUAAAUUUGCAUUAUGGUAACUUCCAAAAUGAGGCAGGGAAGGCAAAAUCUAAGAUUCCCCGAACUGGAGCACUGCUACUUUCUUCUUGUUGGAGGCACUACAGCAUAUUAUUAUUUCUGGAAGAUUGUCGAUUUUCUCAGCAUUAUGAAGAAUGUUUGAAACAGUACUUGUCAGGCAUUCAGUAUUGUUCAGGGCACCACACUGGGGAAGGUAUUCGAAACGAGGAUGGUAGAGAGACCAUAAUUUUUUUCCUUAAUUGUUUAUGCCUUCUUUUGGGACGGCAUGACAGCAAAAGAUUUGAAAGCACAAUUUCAGAAUAUGGAACUCAGAUUUUUCAGGUUCUGCUAUUGCAGUUCCACAGUACAGAUGAUGUUGUUGACGAGGUUGUUAGCAUAUUUAAGGCGGUUUUUCUUAAUUCAAAAUUAUCUUCUGGAGGCAGCAUCACUGACAAUAGGCAACUGGAUAUUGUGAUGCCAUUGUUGCUUAACCUUCUAGACGAGCCGGAUGUCACAGCUAGAGCUGUCAUCAUUCUCAUUGCUGAAUCUUGUUUAAUGAGCAGAGAUAAUCAGUUCCUUUUGGAAGUCUUUAAGCGAUUUGAUUCUGAUAGAAUCAUGCCAAGGAGGAAUGCUAUUGAUGUGAUAUCUGAAAUUGUUCAGAUGUCAUCAAAUACAAGAAAUUUACUUUCUCAGUCAGCAUGGCAAGAUACAGCUAACCAGUUAAUCAGGUGCCUGGAAGAUGAAGAAAUUCUGAUUCGUAAACAGGCAGCUGAUUUGCUUCCUUGCGUUGAACCUACGUUGUUCUUACCUUCCUUAGUACGUCUUGUCUACUCGUCUAGUGAUAAAGUUCUAGCUUCAGCCAGGGAGGCUCUCAUUGGGGUGCUCAAAUGUCAUAAUGAGAACGUUGGAGUAAUUUUUAUGCUACUUGACUGUGUCAGUGAUUUUGCCCAAAACACAGUUCUUCUAAAUACAGGGGGUAAUGGUCAAGGAUCAAGGUUGCAAAGUGACCGAGUGCUGAGCCUAAUUCCUCAAUGGUCUCAAAGUGUACAAGAUUGGAAGUUCUUGAUAGGACCGUUGAUUGAUAAGAUGUUUGCAGAGCCAUCUAAUGCAAUUCUCGUAAGAUUCUUGAGUAUGAUAAACGAGCACUUGGUGAAAGCCACUGAUGUGGUCCUAAAGCAUAUUUUGUCAUAUGUGAAAGGACAGAAAGAGAUAGAUGAUUGCUUCGACACUAAACGGGAGAGCCAAGACGAAGAUAUCUAUCCGAGUGUGCAACAUUAUCUCUUUGAGCGCCUUUGUCCACUACUCGUUAUUAGGAUGCUUCCCCUUGAAGUUUUUAAUGACCUGAGUAUGUCGGCCAUGUAUGGUCAGCUUCCUAACCGAGCAGUUUUGCAUGAUAUGGACAUGGUUGAUCACAUGUGUGUUGCAGCACUCUUAUUAAACAGGGCAUUUUCCAAGUUUGAAUUUGAUGAUGUACGGAAGCUGGCUGCUGAGUUGUGUGGGCGCAUUCAUCCCCAGGUGCUUUAUCCUUAUGUUAACUCCAUGCUAGAAGAUGCUGCCACUUCUCAUAAUAUACCAAGAAUAAAAGCCUGCCUUUUUUCGAUGUGCACGUCCCUUGUGGUAAGACGCGAGCAUAACUUUUCACAUUUUGAUAUUUUUGAAAUCGUAAAAACCUUGGAAGUAGUUCUAUCGUGGCCGUCUCAAAAUGGAGAUGAAGUUUCCAAAUCACAACAUGGAUGCAUUGAUUGCAUGGCGUUGAUGAUUUGUGCUGAACUACAAGCUCCAGAUUCCUGCAGCGCCUCCAAGUUGGAGAAAAUUGACAUUGAUAAGAAAGGGCAUGCCUCUUUAAAAGGUUCUAUCCUCGAGUAUGUGAUCCAUCAAAUAAUAACGGGUACAAAAGAACUAGUUUCAACCUAUGACUUGGACAAUAAUGACAACACGUCCGAUAAUUCAACGCCUCUAUCUCUUCGCCUCUGCAUGACAAAUGUGCUCAUCAGUGCCUGCCAAAAGCUUUCAGAUUCAAGGAAAAAAAAAUUUGCCCGAAAAGUUCUUCCACGUCUCAUUAGUUUUGUUGAGGUAACAAGUACACAGGUAGAUAUUAGAGCUGCAUGUAUUGGAGUCAUCUUUUCAGCCGUAUAUCAUCUGAAGUCAGCUAUUCUACCUUAUGCCAAUGAUAUUUUCAGUGUCUCCUUAAACGCUCUGAAAAAUGGGAGAGAAAAGUUCUUUUUCCCUGUUCAUCAGGAAAGGAUAGCCGGUGCUAAGCUGAUGGUAUCCCUCAUGUCAAGUGAAGAUCCAAUUUUGGAGUGUAUUUCUGGAGGAUUACUAGAAGCAAGAGAUGUGCUCUCAAGUGUAUCUUCUUUGGAUCCUUCAAUUGAAGUCCAACAAAUUUGCCAGAAAAUGCUCCAAUGUUUGCUUUCUCCAUGAGUUCAUGUGAGCUGUUCAUCAUCAUAAGUGGACAAUGAUUUUCCUAUAUGACCCAAGUGAUUAAACUUUUAGAUAAAAAGUUAUUGUAAAUAAUAUUAAUUGGUAAACUAUGGUAUAUUUGGAGGGUUAUUUUGGUCUUGGUCCAAUGAUCACUUCGAAGGUUACACCUGUAUUUCAAAUUUUAAAUACACGGUACAUUAUUUGAAGGGUUCUUUUAGCACGGGCCUAGCUAUCAGUUAGAAAUUUCACACUUUUUUUUUUUAAUAAUAUGGAGUACAAGGGAUGUUUGUAUUUA